AUGGGCGAGUUUCAAAGAAGUUGUUAUAAAUGUGGUGAGGUUGGUCAUUUAGCUGAAGAUUGUAAACAAGAUGAAAGAUUAUGUUAUAAUUGUCAUAAAGCAGGUCAUGAAUCAAAUAAUUGUACUGAACCAAAACAAAAUACUACUAAACAAUGUUAUUCUUGUGGUGAUGUAGGUCAUAUUCAACUGGAAUGUCCUAACCAAUCUCAAGGUGCCAAAUGUUAUAAUUGUGGUCAAUUUGGUCAUAUUUCCAAAAAUUGUAAUAAAACUAAUACAAAACCAUCAUUUAGAUCUUCUAAUGCUUCGUCAUGUUAUAAAUGUGGUGGACCAAAUCAUUUUGCAAGAGAUUGCCAAGCUAAUUCUGUUAAAUGUUAUGCUUGUGGUAAACCAGGUCAUAUUUCAAAAGAAUGUCAUUCUUCAACUGGUGGUGGUGCUUCAAAUUAUGGUUCUAAAACUUGUUAUAAUUGUGGUAAAUCUGGUCAUAUAUCAAAAGAAUGUACUGCGUAA